CAUAUUCAGUCGGUUUUCACGUUCGUCGCAAUAAAUAUGUUGUUCGUAUCGUGCCUCUCGCAUUAAUUUGGCUACAGAAAAGCAGCAAACAAGCAAGGUGUUACCCUUUAACACACGAAAAAAAACCAAGAAUACAAACUAAAUGAGAUUGUCUCAUCACCAUUAACGACAAAAAGUGUAAAAAUUAAGGGACGAGUUUGUUGAACUCGCUGAAAAGCUGCCAAGUUUCGCCAAAUGGCAAUUCUAAGCAACUGAAACCCAUAGAAAAUUGUGUCAAAAUCGAAAGUAACAAGAAUUUGCUCGAAAAAUUAACAAGUGUCGAGUGUAGAACGAAACGAGAAAAAAUGUCUACGGCAUUUCUAGCAGUGUUUGCUUUGUUUUUGUGCUUGCUUUUUCGUCUGCUGAACGUCAAUUCGCAGCCGUUGAAGCCGAAAAUCUACAGUGCAGAAGACUCCAACUUUCUGGAUUGUGUUUACAAGAUAGCGCCCAUUUUGCGAGAACCAUACAUUCCUACGCGCUUGUAUGGCUUCAGUGGGCACAUGCAGACAAUCCUGCAUUCGAUCAUCGGUCGUGUCAAAUGUCCCUGGCCUCUCGGGGAACGUGUUUAUCUCUCGUUGUCGGAUGGCUCAACACUCACCUAUGACUUGUACCAGCCGAUGAACUCAAAAUUGCACGAGGAUGACAUCACAGUAGCAAUUUGUCCCGGGAUCGGAAACAGCUCGGAAAGUGUCUACAUCCGUACUUUUGUGCAUUACGCGCAAUGCCACGGAUUCCGAUGUGCCGUCUUGAACCACUUGGGCGUGCUGAAUAGCGUUCAAGUGACCUCUAGUCGAAUUUUCACAUACGGUCACACCACAGACUACGCCGAGAUGAUAAAUAGCUUGGUGAAAAAGUACCCGAUGACGAACAUCAUCUCCGUGGGCUUCAGUCUCGGCGGAAAUUUAAUCACGAAAUAUUUGGGCGAGACAAAUGUCUCGAAGCCCGAUAACAUAAUCGGCGGUGUGAGUAUCUGCCAAGGGUACAAUGCACAUUUAGCCACGCAGUGGUUACUCAAGUGGCAGAAUUUCCAUCGCUUUUAUCUGUAUGUCUUGACGGAAAAUGUCAAGAGCAUUAUCUUGAAGCAUCGUCAUAUCCUGUUGUGUGACGAAAUGAAGACGCGUUGCGAUCUCAAUGAACGUGAUAUCGUUGCUGCGGCAACUUUACCGGAACUCGACGAAGCGUACACGCGUCGCGUUCACAAUUUCCCAUCAGUAACUGACAUGUACAAAUGGAGUAGUUCCAUCAACUACCUACCUAAUAUCACAAAACCAAUGAUUUUCAUCAACUCGAAGGAUGAUCCUUUGGUACCUGAGGUCCUCCUGGAGCCCAUUCGAGAGUAUGCAACAUCACAUCCUAACAAAAUCUAUGUAGAACUCGCACACGGUGGGCAUCUCGGUUUCUACGAAGGCGGAAUCAUCUAUCCCAAUCCCAUCUCUUGGCUCGAUCGUGCCCUCGUCUCGAUGAUUGGUGGUCUCAUGUUGGCUCACAACGAUCUUAUAUUACCGAAAAAAGGAGUUUAAGUUAAAAAUUAUCGCAAAAUUAUUAUUUAUUAUUUUAUCAACUAAAACUAUUAGCUUUUAACACUAUAAGUAAAUUCAGAUGUUCAUGCAAUGCGCUCAAGCACCACGAGGAGUUGAAAAAAGACAUUUCCAAGUGAAAAGGAAACGAACUUGUCGCAAAAGCUCAAGAAGAAUGGUUAAUAGAGGACAUUCCAAAUUAAAUGUUGAGCAAACAUUUUAACAUUAACCAUUAAAUUUAGAAAAAAAAAUAUUAAUCGCAUAAAAAUAACUAAUUCAUAAGACGUUAACCAGUAUUUAUCCGCAAAAUUCGCUUGGAACAUUUCUGUCGUGGUAAAAAAUAAACCUCAAUAUCAUUUCAUUCUUGCUGAAUAAAUAUUUAGGACUAUCAAUAAAAAAAAUAAUUUAAAGGAGAACCAAACAAAACCAAAAAUUAUUAAAUACUGUAAUGUAAUGAAAAAGCAUGACAAUAUAUUAGUAACUCGUAUGAAAAAUAGUAUUUUUACAUGAUUUUACAGAAUAAUGAUCAACUACGGAAUAAAAUUCGCCCUUUUUUAAAACGUUCGUGAUACAUUAGUUCAAAACUUAAAUAACAUUUUUUUUAAAAAGUUUAAAUAACAAGUCAGACUUGUAUAAUCUAUGUUAAAAAUCAAAUCAUGACCUAAGUAUUUUUUUUCGAAUUCGUCAGAUCAAAUAACAAAAAAUUUGAUUUUUGAUCUGAUCUGAAAAUCAAUCAAAAAAUUAUUAUUUUUUUUAUUUGAAUUUUUUGAUUGAUUUAAAGAUCAGUUUUGUCACCCAAAAUAAAGUUAGAUCAUUUUUUGAUUUUGAUUUGGAUUAUACAAUUUUGUAACAAGUACCAUAAUAUGGAAUUAUUUUGUACAUAC